AUGAAACGCAGUCACCAAUCCCACGCCCGUUCGUUAUCUCCGCAAGAACAACAAGGCUCUCGCGUUCUGUCCAGUCUCCAUGCAUCCGUAUCGCCUCCUCGGAAGAGAUCAACCCCCGCCAAACAACCCCAUCUGGCCGCCAUCGAAGCUGGCCAAGUGCAAGUCACGGACCAUCCGGCCAUCAUCUCAUCACGACUGACUCAAUGCAUUCGUCCUUUUCCACCUGAGUCUCCGUGUCUAGAUGUUGCAGCAUGGCUAGGCUUAUACAGGCGCAAUGUUCAUCCCAGGGGACGGCACUUCGUCGUCCACCAGCACGAUCACCCCAUUGCUGGGGUGCAUUAUGAUCUCCGACUGCAGUUUUCCGAGACAAGCUCUGUCAGCUGGUCGAUCAUGUACGGUCUUCCUGGAGACCCCAACACCCGGCGUCUGAACCGAAAUGCGACUGAGACGAGAGUGCAUUGCUUAUGGAACCAUUUGAUUGAAACUGCAUCUGCCAGAACAGGUAGUAUGCUUAUCUGGGAUACGGGAGAAUAUGAAAUCCUUCCCCACAAGAUGGACUUGGUAGGCCCGGAAACCGAUGACUCCGGAACCGAUGACUCGUCAGUCCCGGCGUCUAGUCCAGUAGAUGACAGGAGCGAGAGCGAGAAGCUCUUCCAAGCUUUUCACGAUCGCAAAAUCCGUCUCCGGCUACAUGGCACCCGACUGCCACCCAACUACACCGUCACCCUGCGUCUCGACAAAGCUAGCAAUAUCAAGGGACAGUCGCCGCGGACACCUCAUAAACGACGUAGACGCAUACCGCAAUCUACCAGACAAGCCAGCACACCUCCACCCGAAUCAUCAAGCCUAGACUCCAACACUGAAGACACCCAAAAACUCCCAGACCAUUCAGACGAUGAGAACGACGAGGUAGAUACUAAGAUUCGCGCCGAGAAUGCCUACCCCGGCUCCGUUAACACCAUCGGGUCGAUCCACCAACGCCGCUGGUUUCUCACUCUUGACCGAACUAAUUCCGGGUUUAAGGACGAGCCGGGAUCUGGACCGGCUGGCAAGCGGUGGACAAGGCAGCUGGAUGCGAACCACCAACGGAUGCUGGGCUUCGAGCCGUUCUACGUUCGGGGACCUGAGGUAGAACGGAGUAUUGUGACGGGGAGAUUGGGGAAGGAAAUCCUCGAGGAUGAGGGCGUGCAAGGGUUUCUGCCAAGACGUGGGUGGAGGCCGAUUUUGGAGUGA